CGCCAGCAAGCUCUGGGAACUCUGAGGCCGCCAACCCCAACAGAGCUCCCAACCCCCCGAAUGGGCGUCGGAGUAGAAAGGCCACUGGGGCCAGGGAUCGGGUCCAGUGGAUUUGCAGACGAAGGCGGAGAGGAGCGGGGGAUCCAGGAAGAGGAGGAGGAUGUGCCGUACGACGAGGAAAGGCGAGAUGAGGGGGCUACAGCGAGGCCAGUAUGCGGAUGGGCGGAAGGGCCGACAGCGGCGGCAGACUUUCGGGAGCCGCGCAGAAUGACCACCGGAGUGGGGCGCGGCGUGUUCCAAGGAGCCGCCCGAGGAAACCUGAUGCAACCCUUCCCCAUGCCUCCCAGACAGCAUCAACGGGCCGCAGAAUGGAUGCCAAGAAGAGAAGAUCUCAAACUGGAAUACGGAGGGGAAUCAGAUGAACUGAACUUUUUUCUAAUUAGCAUCAGAGGAUACAUGGAAGACAAUGCACACACAUUCCCCUCCGAAGCAAGCAGGGUUCGAGCCAUCGGCAACACACUAAAGCGAGGAGCAGCCAGCUGGUACGUGCAACUCCAUGCCAGACACGACCCAUGCCUGAGGUCAGUGCCCCGCUUCCUCGCCGCACUGGAAAACCGAUUCAGAGACCGGCUAGAGCAAUUGAGGGCUCGAGACCAGCUGAAAGGAAUAAAGCAGAGGGACAAAACAGUGCCCGAGUACGCAGAGGAAUUCCUACACCUCGCGGAAAGGGUACCAGAGUGGUCUGAAGUGACCAAAGUGGAGUUAUUUAAAGAGGGACUACGCCCCGAGAUUUUCAGCUGGGCAGCGCACAGAGAUGACCCCGAAACGCUCCAGGGAUGGAUUCAACUAGCGGGGCGCGUUGAAUCCACCCUGGCCCAAGUAAAGCGCUUCAGGAGCAGCGGCGGCCAGCAAAGACCGGUGGCGAGAGGUCGAGGAGAAACGAGGAAGCAGGAAAGACCUGGAGGGAGGCCGGGGAUUCCCUCCAGAGGAGACGACAACAAACCUAAACCGGGAUGCUUUGUAUGUGGGAAGACGGGCCAUCGAGCAGCAGAAUGCUGGGCACGGAAGGGGGAGCCGCCAAAACCCUCAAAGCCCAAGCCAGCAACCGGGAGGCGUGCGGAGGAGGAGGUGCAAGCCCCAGAAUCUUCAGAAAAAUUGGCUGGUGAUGAAAGAAGAACCGAAGAGGAGGACGAAGAAAAGGAGGGCACCAUGUCAUGGAACCCAGUUACAGGGCUUUGGUAAUUCAGCCCUGUAACUGGGAGUCAUAACAUAAACAAUCCCAGGAGCACCUGGCAGAAGAAGAUAGAAUAUGCCUGGGAACUUGGGGCCGAAAGUAUAAACAAUUAUAAUUGGUCUAGUGUGUGAAAAUGGUAGUAAUGUGAUAUUGGGGGUGGGACUUGAUGAUGAUAUUUACGUGUGGUGUUACGUAGCAUCAAAAGUUAUAAAAAUAGUUGUAUGUAAACAUUGGGUCAUUCCUGACUUUUCCAAAGUCAUGUGUUCUUCAAUAAAGAUUGGAUUUGAGAGCAGCCA